GAAAAAAUGUAUGUAGAGAAUCGAACUUGUAACAUAUACCUACAUUGAACAUCAAACUCUUAACCACUGAGCCAUCGUCGUACUGCGUCAUCGGAAAUAGGUGUAAGUUUACGUCUGUGUAAUAAAUACCUAAUUAAUAUGAAUAUGCGGUGUAUCAUUUUACAAAGUGUUGCGACUAACUCGUUUGUUCGUGAGAAUAGCAACUAAGCAUUUUAGCGAUGACUACGCGUCCAAAAUGCAAAAAUUUGAAAUAUGCAAUGCAUAAUCCGUUAUUGUCUUGCAUUUAAGGUUUUAUUUUGCAUAAUUCAGUUUUGCACGGAUUUGUAUUGUUUUUCUAUAAAAUAGGAAAAAUCAUUAAACUUUACUCAUUCCUUUGAUCGAUUCCCAAUUGUCCACAAUUGUGGUAUCCUCAUCCGUGUUAUUUUCAUCUUCAGUGCUUUUCUUCAAGAAAGUUUGUUAAAAUGUUAGUAAGUAUUUACAUUUACUUUUAGUUUAUGUAUUAUGUUGGAGUUUUUUACAUAAUAAAUUUACACAACAUUUUAAAUACCAUGUACCUAACCGAUUUCUUAAUUUUCAGGUCUAACUACGAAUAUUCAUCCGGUUCGGACUCCCAACUGCCGCUGGCGCCUACGUCUGCGCUAAAAGUGUUGAAAAAGAAGCCUGCGAGCAAGAGGAAGCCGGCGGAGUCGACCCCAACGCCUACUAGUUCUAAAAAGAAGUCGCGUUCGAGCGCCAACGACGAGGCAGGCGCGACCGCAACGUAUUCAUCGAGUACUGGCCCUGGAGGACUCUUCGGGUUUGAGACGGGAGCAACUUCGGGGACGUCGAAGUCUGCAGUGCUGCAGACUUAUUUGACCAGCCGCGUCCCCAACGGUCGAGUGCGCCGGGAGCUCGUCAACCAGUCUGGCGAGUACUAUAUAGAGUUCCGGGUGUAUAACACCGAGAAAGCUGUUGCCUCUAAACCAGAUCAGCGGUGGAAAGAGGCUGAAGUUACUCUUAAAGUAAAGUUAGAUCGGGGGACUCCGCAGUGGGAGAAAAUGCAAUCGUUUAUGCAGCGGAUUCAUAAUUUAUUUGAAGAUUGUGAGCCCGUCUUCAUAAGCGAAUAGUAAUAAGUACAGCUACUACUCAGGUACUUAUUACAACCUUUUCUCUCACUGCUGCUGUUCAUUGAUAUAACUUCACUUUAAGAUACUUAGUAGUUUUUUUCCACUGAAUUUUCAACCAAAUACCUAUGAAAUUAUAAUUGUAAAUCAUACAUUCAUUGUGUAUAUUGCAAUUUUAUGUCGUUAGCGUAUG